AUGCCAGUAUCCGAGCUUCUGGGUAGCAAUGUUAGCUAUCUGUUCACGUUUGGCGAUUCAUACACCACCACCAGUUUCAAUGUGUCAUCAAUGCAGCCAUCCCCCAGCCACCCCAUGGGCAAUCCCUCUCUCGGUCUCGGCACGGCCGCCGACGGGAUCAACUGGGUAGGAUACCUGGCCACCAGCUUCAACCACACACUGACCCUCAGCUACAACUUGGCCGUGUAUGGCGCCACCAUUGACAACACGGUGAUUCCCAACGAACCCGGAGAUCUAGUGUACCAGGUGUCAUACCAGUUCCGGCAGCAUUACUGCGUCACGAGUAGGACAGCAACCGAAACAUCCGCGCCGCCAACAACCCCGGCCUGGACCACCGAUGCAGCCCUAUUUGCAAUCUGGAUCGGAAUCAACGACGUGCAAUUCAGCUACCUGUCCCCAGACCCGAUCCUUCAGAUCACGGCAGCCCUUGACACCUAUGCCCACCUCCUGCAGGAGCUGUAUGAUUGCGGUGCCCGGCACUUCCUGGUGCUCAAUGUGCCUCCGAUCACCCGUACCCCGCAGAUGCUGACCUACGAUGAGAAGCGACGAGCCCGCCAUCUGACUACGGUGAAGGCGUUCAAUCUUCAGCUGGUGGAGAUGGUGACCCGGUGGCGUCAGGCGAACCCUGAUACGACAAUGGUGAUCUACGAUGUGUUCGCGUCCAUGUCGGACGUCCUCGAUGACCCAAUGGGGUAUGGGUUCAGGGAUGAGCGGUGCAUGGGCAAGGGGUGUGUCUGGUGGGACAAUUAUCAUCCUCGGUCGCAUUUUCACCGGAUACUGGCGGAGGACUUGGAGAGGGUGGUCCGUUUGAAUUGAGGCUGGGGG